UGACAAACUCAUUUAGAGUUGUUAAACAUUAUUGAUUCAUUCAUAGAUUUUAUCCUAGAUUGAAAAGGGAACAAUUAGCAGUAGUCACGAAGCUAGAGACUGUCAAUAAAGACAUACCUCAAGCGCCGAAAAAGGAAUUUACCGAAUUGGUUGAAAGCAGUGAUGCAGCAACGAGUCGAACAAAGAAUGUAGUGGUUUUGCAUAGAUAAUUGAUUUAGGAGUUCGUGAUGAAAAGAGUGACAGGGAAGUCAAACUGACACAUACCUCAAGGAAGUCUUACUUCAAAUCAAAGGUUUAGAUUUUAAGUUUUACGAAUAAUUAACGUAGCAGGGUGGAUAUAAUCGAGAUACAAUUUGCUGAAAAGAUCCUCAAAAGAAUCCGGCACAGAUCAACGUGACUUAGACAAGUGUUUGAAAAAAAUUACCUAUGGCUGAUGAGCCUUGGGGCGUCAAGAUGCCAUCUAGCGAAACACCGGCUGCUGCUGAGCCCAUCCCAGACUGGGUCCCUGCUCUGCAAACCUGGAAAUGGGCCUGGGACUUACACUGGAUUGGUUUUGGUUCCCUUUUUACUCUGUUCGCUGUAUACUCUUUGAUUACUUUGAUUGAAGUUAUCGCUACAUAUAGACGAACAAAACGAGGGAAACUGUCGCUUGUUAUCACAAGUCUCUUGGUCAUCUUUGGCUCAGUGCGUGGUUUAUUUUUGUUUAUCAAUCCAUACGAGACUAAACAAUGCAACUUACUUCCGACGUGCCCGACAAUAGUGUCUCGGAUUUUGUUCGGAAUCGCGCUGCCGUGCAUUACGGCGUCGUUUUCACUUGUUCACUUCGCGUUCCUUCAAGUGAUAAAGCUCAAGCUUUACCCAGAAAGACUUCAGAGUGGAAAAUUCCUCACUGGCGUCAUUGUGUUCCAUUUCAGCCUCGCUAUCUUCGCGGAGACAAUGGUUUCCCUUUUUGCGGACUGGAAGGCACUUGGCAUCUUUUGCCAAUCAUUUUAUAUCGUUUUCUACUUCUGCCUGUCUUUUAGCUUCAUAUACAGUGGUGGAAGGAUUGUCAAGUACGUGCAAAGGAACCACGCCCACGUGAACCGUCUUGGUGAAACAAGCUUCCGCGCAGGCACGGAUGGAAAGGCAGCAGUCUAUCGGCCCAACGUGUCAAAACUCGUCAAGAUUACUUACCUCACGGUUUUCUUGGGAUUUGCCAGCUGUGCACUACAGCUGUACUCGAUUAUAGGUGUCAACAACAUGUACUUGGACAAAGCUAAGCCCCCAGAACCUUGGCCUUGGUUGAUAUUUCAAACAUUAUAUCGAGCAGUGGAGUUCGCCGCAGCUUGUACUUUGGCUUAUGUGGGCCCGAGACAAGUCGCCCAAAAACGUUUCCAGCUCAUACGCUGUCCUGUUUUCAACCGGCCCAAAGAGAAUCUGAAGUCAUCAACUGGCUCCAACAGUAGCAAUCAGAAGUACUUAACUCAUCUUGUAAGUGGAAAUGGUUCUUUACCAGUGUAACAGUUUCCCAAUGGG